UGAAAAUUCAACCCUACGCUCUCAGUCCUUUUCAACAAGACGACCGUCACCAUUUAUACUCCGUUUGAAUCUCCACCGGUUCUCUGUAAAAGGCAAAAGAAGAAGAUACCAUGUCGAAGAUGAGAUAUGAUCGUAAGCCCCCGCUUGCUAAAUCGCCUAUUCGCCUACGACCCCGUCGCGUCCUCGGUUCAAACUCAACCUCCCUGCAAACCCCGUCAGGUUUUUUGACGAAAUCCCAAAAGCCGGUUCGUGCUUGGAGCAGUGAAGAAUAUGAGAUUCGACCUGAAUAUCUGUCCAUUUCUAGCGAGUUACGUGCUUUGGCUAGGAUGGUUAAAUGUGAAAUCGGAAACGCGGAAACGGAGAACGCUGGUUUUGGCGAGACUAGUCUCGGCACAAACCCGACUACUCUGUUCGAGAGAGGCAGGUUUUACGAGGAGUACUCGGCGAGGAGAAACGAGAGGCUGAAGAGAAGGAAAGGCGAAACGGGGACAGAGUCGAAGAGUGGGCACCAUCCUGGACUUGGAGUAACCAUUGAAUCUUCAAAGAGAACACAGUCGAAGAAGCUGGAGAGCUUGAGGAAGUCGGUGUCUGCUGCUUAUUCCGUGGAGGGGAGUGAGAUUCAAACUCCCAGGUAUUCGCUCCGAAGCAUGAGCAAGACCAAAGAUAAUAAGAAACCUCCCAUUGCUGUCAAUAAUUACAAUUCGUCUGUGUCUAUGAUUGGCACUGCAAGCAAAACUACGGCUAGACGAGUUGGUCGAAGGGUCUGAAAAUUGGAAAUUGAUUUUUAUUAGGCUUUUUUAUUGGUUUAAGAAAUCUGGGAUUUCAUUUUUUUAUUGGAUUUUAUGUUUAUGCUUUCGAUUAGGUUUAAGUGUUUUCGUUUGAUGCAUAUGAAUAGGAGGUACUCAAAUAGCAUUCAGCUUUUA